AUGGCGUCGAGCAAUGAAGAUAUUAUCGAGCAGCUCUCGCUCCAGCUGCUGGAGCAGACAGAGAAGAACUCGAAGCUGGAGGUGAAUCUGCUGAACAGCCACCAGAAAAUCCAAGAGUUGAAGCGCCAACUGGUGGAGAGCCGAAAACAAAAGGAGGAUAGCGAUAAAGAAGUCGAGCGGUUGAGCUAUGAGAUGGAGGACCUCAGUGCCACGCUCUUUGACGAGGCCAACGAGAAGGUGAAGGAGGCAAACAUUGUCGCGAACGACUUCAAGCUGAGAAACGAGAAACUGAUCGAGACGCUCAAGGAUCGCGACACAACGAUAGAGGUGCUUAACAACGAGCUCAGGAACCUCAAGCGGCUCAUAGCCGAGCUGGAGCACCAGGAUCCUCCGCAGACGCCUCCGUCGAGGGUGAUUUCGGAAUUGGUGCCGGACUCCCAGUUCGCACUGCCCAAACUGAUAAAAUACAAUGGUCAGCCCAUAUACUCUCCAACAUUCAACCAGCUGCGUUUUGACCUGCUUUUGUUCAACCAGUUCAAAGAGUCACUCGAAAACUUCCAAAAUAUCAGAGAAACGUCCUUCUUCCGCCACUUGGUGAGCGAGGAGAUCGAGCCGGUGCUGCGGCUAGACCUAUCUCCAUCGGUCAAGUUUUUCCAGAAGAAAUCAUUUAUCAGCAGUCUGUUCGAGUCUAAAGUCGUUAUAGAGCCGUUGAGCGCCUCCACAGAGCUCUGGAAGGCUGCACAGGCGCAGUCGGCACCGUCUUCGCCGUCAUUGUCUGUCAAGAGCCUGAACUUGAGAAUGUUCAAGUACGAGACGGAUAGACCGGUGGCCAUGGAGGCCAGGUGCUCCCUGUGUGGCGAGGCGCGGAUGGGCAUCAACUAUGCUAGAUUGUACGUGAUGCGAGUCAGAGAGGUGGAGUAUUUGCUGUGCAUCGCGUGCGCUACCAAGCUGAGACGUACCGUGGACUUGCUGUCCCGCGUCAAGAAUCUAUCGCAGAUGCAGGACGAAGAGGAGGUGCUGCGUGUGUGGUGUGAGCUUGCGGAGCUGCGCGGCCGCUUGUUCUACUCGAAGUUGGGCAUUUGGGACGAGUCGGACGAAAAUGGACUGGUGUACGGCUGGAAAAAUAGCUGGCUCGGUCAGCAACCCGUCCAGGAAACAGACAACAAUGCGGACGAAACUGCGGAGACAGAGCAAACGCCUCAGAACGUUCCAAUCGCCGACACAGCGAGCGACAAGACCGUGCAGCGGGAGGACGGCCAGGACGAGACGCCAGACUCCGUUCCCGAGCCCGUCUUCAAGGAGGAGCCCGAGAUCGACCUGAAACCCCAGCAGGCGGCCGCGUCGUCCGGCACCGACGACAUCCUCGAAAACUACACCAACACGUCCGACGAGGAGUUCAACGACGCCCAGGAAGCACACUCUGUAACCAACGACUAG